GACAGGAUGAGAGAAAAUGGCCUCAUGUUGUGCCAGGGGAGGUUUAGAUUAGAAUUGGGAAAAAUUUGUUUACUGAAAAGGUUGUCAAGCAUUGGAACAGACUGUCCAGGGAAGUAGCUGAUUUCACCAUCCCUGGAGGAAUUUGAAAGAGUUGUAAAUGUGGCAAUUAGGGAGAUGGUUCAGUGGUGGACUUGACAGUGCUGGGUUAAUGAUUGGAUUUGAUGGAUCUUAAACAUCUUUUCCAUCCUAAAUAAUUCUAUGAUUUAUUAAUAUUGUUGUGGUAAGUAUUGAGGAUCUGUCCUCCAUUUCGUACACAGUGAAUGAUGUAUUUUUACUUUAUCCUGCACAGAAAUUAGUGAAAGCACUGUGGCCUCCCUUGUACACCAGCCACCAUUGCUUGGCUCGAUCUCUGAUUUGCAAUCAAUUUGUUCCAUGCAUCCUGGUCAUGAGCUAGAGGGUUGGCAGGCUCAUGCUCAAAGAAACUCUGAUACAGACUGUGCCUCACACGCACAAACAUCUUCACUGUACAACUCCAGCCAGCACUUGUGAUCGCUGUAGAAGAGUCUCUGUUAUGUAAGUGACAUGGAGUUUACUCACAAGGUAAAUCAAAAGCAUUGGGAUGGAAUGGGUAUAGUAGGGAGGAACGAGUGUAGGCUCCAGUCAUUAUCAAAGAAAAUGGAAACAGAACUAAUAAGUUUAAAUGACGAAUGCUGUAAGUGAAUGCCAGCUCCACAAAGUACAUCAUCUGUAUAGUGAGAAUUCCUUCUAGGCACACAGAGUUUGUAACUGGGCUCACAAAUACUUAGAAAGGUAUUAUGCAUUCUUCUGCCAUAUAAUCAAACCUUUUUGUAUACGUAUUAACAGUGAAACUCUACAGUAACUGAGUAGUCACAAGAUAAACUAUUAAGGUAUUCACCUUUGAGUUUGAAGACUUUUAUUUCUCUCUUCAAUCAGCUUCUUCUCUUUGAUAUCAAAGUUUUCCUUCAUUUGUUUAACCUGCACCUCCAGCUGGCUUAAGAGCUCUCCUUUACCUUGCCACCUCUUUUUCAAUGCGCUGAAAAUAAAAUGCACGUAUUUACAAUGACUAUAAAUACCACUUCUUAGGAGGGCAGAAAAAACUUCCAUUUUUCCUCAUUUCUGUGGGUUUUAAUAGCAAGCAAAUACUCUCUGAACAUAGAAUAACUUCAGAGCAGUGUUGCAUACAAUGAUCCCAAAGAAUUAUUGUGACUUGUCUGUAUCACCUGUGUGCAUGCCUAAUGUCAUCAAGUUCUACUUCUUUUUCUUCUAGCAGUUGCUUUAAUUCCUCUUUUCUUUCAUUCUGCCUUUCUAAUUUUUGCAUUAGCUUUUCACAUUCAGCAGCUUUUUCAUCCAACUCUACUUCAAACAAUUUCUGAGCUUCACGAUUUUCUUCAUGCUGUUUUCUGAUUUGUUUAUCUUUUUCUUUUAAGCCCUUUAGAAGAUAAAUAUUUUAGUACACAUAAACACUCAACUUUAUUGUUACAAUUUAAGAGUAUUUGUUUAGUCUAUGGUGGAAUAAAGCAGAGAAGGACAUGUGAAAGUUUACUCUUCUGAAUGUAUGAAAAACACUUAGUAAGGUGAUAGCCAGCUGAUCAAUCUUCAUCUGAAAAAAGUCAGAGUAAAAAAAAAAACCCACCAAAACAAAUCUGAAGUUGAAAGCAAGUUAAGAAAAAAGCUAUUUUGAACUCUUAUUCUACAGUUGAAUAAACAACUUAUUCUUUUGAACAACCUAUUCUACACAGUCCCUGAGUUCACAAUCUGUAACGAGUAAUGCAUCUAACUUUGACUGACAUAACAUGCUAUAAAUUUUGAUUAAUAAGCUAAAGUUUUAAGUCUCUUAAUGAAUGAAUGGAAUUAAUAGAACAAAACAUAGUACCUCUGCUGCCAAAAUAUUGAUUUAAAAGAACAGAAUAAAGAAAAAACAUUUACCUGUUGUAAAAUAAACAUGAAGCAAACAUUUAAAAUUGUUUUUCCUUUUUCAGGAAGAAUUAUACUAUCUGGGUUUCACCUCUCUCAAAAUCAUUUUCAAGAAUAAUUUGAAGCAAGGCAAAGAGAAUAAAGUCUGUACAUAAAUAUGGUUCAAUGAGAGAUUCAAAGUACCACUUCUGUACAUGAACAUGAAUUUAAAAAAAAACUCUCUUCUGCUCUCAGUGAAAUGAAUUGCCACUGACAGCCUGAUUGUGAUUUGUGAGUUGGUAAACAAGAACUGCAGGACCAGCUUUCAUUACAGCCUUUACAAUUGCUAAAAUUAAGACUUGCAGUGAAAGUUAAGUACAAAAAUUGUCAGAUAUGGCACUUACUUCUUUCAAUCUCCUAAUUGUUUCUGUCUGAUCAUCCAGUAUUUUGUUUUUAAUUCUUAUGGUAUCACUGUCCUGUUCCUUUUGCUUUUUUAACAUCUCAAUCUCAUUUGUCAGAACUUCAAUUUUAGCUUCCAGUUUUCCCCGAUCUUGAGCAAGAUGAGCUCCUAGACGAAACAGGAUAUUCAUACUACAGUGCUCGUUUUACAGAUGACUUCAAGAUGUAGAAUGUUGGGAAACGGGGUGGAGGUGAAGGAAAUAGAUAAGCUGUAUUCGCAACCAACUCCCACAACUGCUGUUACAGAUCCCACAUGCCACAGAACAUCUGUUUUUGCACACCAACUCUACAACUAGAUAAGAGCCAGAAACCUUGUCAUGAUUACAACUCUACUGGAGUGUUUAUUUGAGAGGUUGAACAAUCCCAAUUCUCUCAGCCUUUCCUCACAGGAGAGGUGCUCCAUCCCUCUAAUCUUUGGGGCACUCCUCUGGAUUCACAAGUGAAAAUGCUGAGCCUCAUGUAACCAUACAACAUAUUACAAUGGUCUGAUGUAGAAGUCACAUUUACCCACGUCUCGCUGUUGUCUCUGAAGACAUACAAAAAAGAAAUGGAAAUCUGUUGAUGAAAAUCAGCUAAGAAAUGAGCAUUUGCUGUGCAUUAUUUGUUAUGCUGUGUUCUUUAAAAAUACUUGCAGACCUCAAUAAUUUCUGAAGUACAUAUUAAACCAACAUGUACAUGAUUUGCCAGUGAUUCUUGAAGUAUUUGGUUAAUCAUCUUCACACAGAAGACAUCAAAACGCAAAGUAUGCUCUCUUUUCUGAAUGAUUAAGCCAAGCUUCUCAUAACAUUUCACUAGCAGGUAGGGCCAUGACAGACUGCUAACAACAAAGUGAAUUCUGCUGUGAAAAAACAGAAAAAAAAUGGGAAAAGGAGAAAGCGAUGAUUCUGAAGAUAUGCAAAGAAAAGAAAAAGCGAAGAUUCAACUCAAAAGAAAUAUAGGUUAUUUUGAUGGGGUAAGUUUUAUUAUAGGAACAAUUGUCGGGGCAGGUAUCUUUGUGUCUCCCACAGGGGUGUUAAAGCAUUCCUUACUCAAUGUUGGCAUCGCACUAAUAAUCUGGACUGCAUCUGGGCUGGUUUCUCUGAUGGGUUCCCUCUGCUAUGCAGAACUUGGAACCUCUCUGCCCUUCUCUGGAGGAGAAUAUAGCCAUAUUAAAAGAGGCCUUGGAUCCCUCCCCGCCUUUGUGUUUAUCUGGACGUCAACAUUUACGAAACCAGCAUCAAAUGCUGCUCGAGCCUUGCUGUUUGCUGAAUACGCCACCCAGCCCUUCUAUGGCAUUUGCCCUCCACCAGAAGUGCUGAAAAAAUGCUUGGCCUUGGCCGUUCUCUGGUCCCUGGGGAUUUUGAAUGGCUGCAGCGUCAAAAUGGCUGCGUGGGUGCAGACAGUUUUCACUCUGCUGAAGAUGAUGGCCUUGUCUGUAAUUGCUGUCGGCGGCAUUGUUCUCCUCAUUGCAAGGCAAAAGGAGAGUCUGGCCAGAUUUGAGGACUUGUUCAGCUCAGAGAUCCCCAACGCUGCGCAGGUUGCUGAAGCUUUCUUCCAAGGACUGUACGCAUAUGGAGGCUGGUGGUCCGUCAAUUAUAUGGCAGAAGAGAUGAAAAACCCCAGCAGAAAUAUCCCAUUAACUGUGAUGACUGCGGUUCCUGCAGUAAUUGUUUUUUAUUUACUGGUGAACAUCUCAUAUCUGACUGUCCUCACACCUAAGGAAAUUGUCUCCUCAGUUGCUGUGGCAGUCACUUGGGCUGAUCGAGUUAUCCCCUCUGUUGCCUGGAUCAUUCCUCUCUGUGUUGCUGUCUCAAUAUUUGGUGCCCUCAACAGCAGCAUGUUCACACUAGGUCGAUUAAGCUAUGCUGGAAGUCAGUCAGGACAUUUACCUGUUUUAAUAUCCAUGCUUAAUGUCCACUCCUGUACUCCAGCACCAGCCAUGAUUUUUUCAACCACCAUUGCAUCCAUUUUUAUCAUCCCCUCUGACCUUAUUAUGUUAACAAAUUACUUUGGAUUUUCUGCCUGGCUUAUGAUUGGACUGACUUGUGCAAGCCUGAUUGUACUUCGAUACCGGGAACCUCAUCUACAUCGACCAUACAAAGUGUUUCUGCCAGUUCCAUUUGUGAUGGUGGCAGUGUCUUUCUUCCUAGUUUCAGCUCCCAUAGUCUGGUCUCCCAGUCUGCAAUAUAUUUACGCUUUCUUGUUUAUGCUGGGAAGUCUUAUUGUUUAUCUGCCUUUUAUACAUUUUAAAUUGCAUUUUGCAUUUCUUGAUAAAAUUACCUGUCACUUACAGCUGCUGUUAGAAGUCUCUCCUGCUGAUAGAUCUGCUGAGGGCAAAUGUGAAUAAUGGCAGAUGUUGAAUCCUGGCACAACUAAGAGCCAACACAGGAUUUUGUUUAACUGAGAGUGUAAACAGUACAAGUUAGAUGUUAGGUGUGAAAAACAGGUGUUCAUGCAUGUAUAGAUAUAUACAUACAUAGAUGAAUAUACAUACGUCGCAUUCCUAUAUGCAUACAUGCAUUUAUAUAUAUACAUGCACACAUAUAUAUAUACAUGCACAUAUAUAUAUGUAUGGGCAUUAGCAUAGUAAGUUAAUACGUAGAUAUUCGUGUGUGUCUGUGUAUAUACAUAAUAGGUGCAAAGGAUCUCUCUUAAACUUGUAAAAUCUGUAAAAUGCUCUCUCUUGCUCCUGAAAACACACUUAAAAGUUGCACAUAGUCUUGCAAUAAUAAAAAUGACUCAAUUACAGCAUACAUAAUUAUCAAUAUUAUAAUACAAUAAAUGAGUAAAUACGUACUUAACAGCAUCAUAUAAAUAUACUUUUAGAAUCUGAACUAAA